UCUCUAAACAAACAUUCCGAUAAUUCCUUCAUCUUCCCAACAUACAUUACACCUAUAUAUACAUCCCUAUAUCUCUCUCCCUUCUUCAAAUUCUCUUUGAAAAUGAAGAUAUACAAAUUCCAAUGCCACGUGUCACUCACAUUUCUCCUGCUCUUCACAUACGCUUCAGCACUCAAGGAAGGACAGACGUGCGUGAACAAUAACAACUGUGAUUUAGGGUUACAUUGUGAAGCUUGUGUUGCUGAUGCAAAUGUCCGCCCUAGGUGUACUCGUGUUAAGCCUGUUAGUCCUUUUUCUAAGGUGAAAGGAUUGCCGUUUAAUAAGUACUCGUGGUUAACGACGCAUAAUGCGUUUGCGAAAUUAGGUGAGAAAUCGGCUACUGGUUCGGUUAUUUUAGCUCCGGAGAAUCAGCAGGAUUCUGUUACUUCUCAGCUUGAUAAUGGUGUGAGGGGGCUGAUGCUUGAUAUGUAUGACUUUGAGAAUGACAUUUGGUUAUGUCAUUCCAUUGGUGGCAAAUGCUUCAACUACACAGCUUUUCAACCUGCAAUCAAUGUUCUGAAAGAGAUUCGAAUUUUCCUGGAAAACAAUCCUACUGAAAUAAUAACUGUCAUCAUUGAGGAUUAUGUUACUUCCCGAAAUGGUUUAACUAACGUCUUCAACGCUGCUGGUCUGAGGAAAUAUUGGUUUCCAGUAGCUAAGAUGCCAAGUGAUGGCAGAGAUUGGCCAACAAUUGACUCCAUGGUCCAACAGAAUCUCCGCUUGGUAGUAUUCACUUCCAAAUCUUCUAAAGAGGCUACUGAAGGGAUUGCAUAUGAAUGGAAGUACUUGGUCGAGAACCAAUAUGGAACGAAUGGAAUGAAGAAUGGGUCAUGCCCUAACCGAGCAGAGUCUGCUGCGAUGAACAUGACAUCAAGGUCUCUAGUCUUAAUGAACUACUUUCCAGAUACCCCAGAUUUUAUCCAAGCUUGCAAGGACAAUUCAUCCCCAUUAAUAAGCAUGGUCAAAACAUGCCAUGACUUAUCCGGUAAACGUUGGCCGAAUUUCAUUGCUGUUGACUUCUACAAGAGAAGUGAUGGCGGGGGUGCACCUGCUGCAGUAGAUAUGGCAAACGGACAGCUAGUUUGUGGGUGUAACACCGUUUCAGUAUGCAGGCCAAAGAUGACCUUUGGAGAAUGUAACCUACCAGAGGCUAGUGAUACUCCCGCCCCAGCUGCAGCAAUAAAAAGCUCCGCUGGCAUGCGUGCUCAACCGGGUCAACUUGGAUGGUUGUUUGGUGCUGGGUUGAUUGCUAUAACCUUGUCAUUGUAAGUUGUAAGUAAUUCAGACCCUAGAAAUGUUAACAAUCCUCUACAACCUUCCACUUUUCAGUAGAGAUAAGGUAGACAACCAUCUGUAAAGUAGCAGUUCCGGUCACAUUUAACAACUCUUUGAACACAUCGAAAUGCUAAUUUCUAAUUGAAUGGCAUAUAAUUAGAUAAA